AAAAAAAAAACAUAGGCCCAACUGCAUCGUCAUAUUCAUCCCAUCGCGCAACACAUCAUAGUCUCGACGGAGUACUUUCUUUUACCUAAGAACAACCAACAACAACCACCGUACCCCUCCUUCUCGUCUCUCCUCUCCCCUCUCCCCUCUUCCCCUCCCUCACGAAGCACUACUUGAUGUACUCCCGCACCACCUUCUUCUCGCUGAGCAGAAGCUGCCGCUAUCUUCUCCGCACUCCGGGCCUCCCUCCGAAGUCGACUUUUUCCCUCUCCGCGCGCUCCUUCUCCGCCGUCCACGCAGCCAUGGCCGAUGCGACCUCCGGUGUCACCGCCGACUUGCUGAAGAGCAAGCUCUUUGACCAGCUCCAGGCGCAACACGUGGAGAUUGAAGAUCUAUCGGGUGGCUGUGGCCAGGCUUUCCAGGCGGUCAUUGUCUCCCCCCAGUUCGAUAAGAAGACCAUGCUCGCCCGUCACCGCUUGGUAAACUCGGUCCUCAAGGCCGAGAUCGCUGCUAUUCAUGCUUGGACGCCCAAGUGCUACACCCCCGAGCAGUGGCAGGCUCUGCACCAGGGCUGAGGCUGCUUCUCCCUGUUUAAGACAUUGUGUUGCAGCCGAGAGACUACGGCAAUCAUCGGCGAUGGAAGGUUUAAAUUUUGGGUCUCCAUCAACACGUACAAGGGUAGAAUCUUGUACAAGGCUAUCAUAAUCUGCGGGCGUUGGAGAGAAGGGAAUGUUCCAUGUGCGAGAGGCUUUGCACACUGCCGGCCAUGCCUAAAGUUCUGCUAUGGUUGCGAGAAAGGAUCUUGAUCAUGAAUAAAUACUAUACGGUUUUUUCGCAUGUAUAACAGAUUUCUAUAGUUACAGAAUAGAUUGCCCGCGUC